AGAUAAACUUGUGAUCUUGUAGGUCAAUGAUGGAUGGACGAACCUUCUGCCGCACGGUCCGGCUGGGCGUCUGUUUUGAUGGACUGCGGUCGCGUGCAGCUGAUUGGAAACAACUUUCCACGUCCUCCGGCUCGCGCACGCUGAGUGAAGCGCAUGCGCAGCUAGCAGUUUUGGGGGUUGCACGAGUCCUUUCCUCUACCCGUUUUUUGCCGGAAUUUAAACCAAACAGACCGCAUUUGGAAUAUUCAACGCAUUUGGGAUACACACUUAAAGUAGGAAAAUUACUUUGUCAUAACGACGAGACGAUCGUGUAGCUUCAAAUACCAGGCCAGCACCGACAUAGCCCCUGUUAGCAUAUAUGCAUAGGUUAACGUUACUUAACGACACGGCAGCGAGCCAGUGCCUUAAUAGCCAGCUAUCGCUAACUAGCUAACUCUGACUAGCAUGACAUGUAACCUGCAGACAAUUAGCGUGUGCGUUGCGUUUGAUCUUUAUAUCAGAGGGAGGAGAGAGUAACAUGUCCUUUGUAAAUACGUGACUGAGUUGUAACAACAAGCUGUGCAAGAUCUCGUUAUUUGCACUAGUGCCACCGGUCCCAGCCAACGUGUAGCCCCCCUGCCUAGCCACUGCCACAGCUAGCUACCCUGCUAGCGUUAGCCUGGUAACCUUAGCUCUCCGGCUACGCAGCCGAAUAACUACCGUUACCGUGGCUCCGGUCACGUCUCGUGCAACGCCUCUCAGUUUGCAGAAACAAUGCGGGAAUAAGUAAAUAUGGGAACGUAGUGAAAUAUCUUAAUUUUUUACUAUUUCAGUUUUAGUUGUUUCUUUAGCUGACCAUUAUCAUGUCUGCGAGCGGGUUCACGGACCUGCGCGAGAAGCUGAAGGCCAUGACGCCGCACCGAGACGACCUAAAAAAAAACCAACUCCCCGAGCGGAGCAACGGCGGCGCCAAGAAGCGCAAGUACCGCGAGGAGUCCGAGGAGGACGCCGCCAGCGACCAGGAGCAGCGCGAGGCCGAGGCCCGGCGCGUCAAGAGCGGCAUCAAGCAGGCGACCGUCUUCAGCGCGCAGGAGUGUGCGCUCAUCGAACAGAAGAUUGACGAGGUGGUCGCCAAGGGCGACAAAGGUCUGUACCGCGAGCACACGGUGGACCGCGCGCCCCUGAGGAACAAGUACUUCUUCGGCGAGGGCUACACGUACGGCGCGCAGUUGGAACGCAGAGGCCCCGGCCAGGAACGGCUCUACUCGAAGGGCGAGGUGGACGACAUCCCGGACUGGGUGCACGAGCUGGUGAUCAGCCGCCUGGUGGAGCGAGGACUGCUGUCGGAGGGGUUCGUCAACAGCGCCGUGAUUAACGACUACCAGCCGGGCGGCUGCAUCGUGUCGCACGUGGACCCCAUCCACAUCUUCGAGCGGCCCAUCGUCUCCGUGUCUUUCUUCAGCGAUAGCGCGCUCUGCUUCGGCUGCCGCUUCCAGUUCAAGCCCAUCCGCGUGUCCGAGCCCGUGCUGCACCUGCCUGUACGCCGCGGGAGUGUCACCAUCCUCAGUGGUUAUGCAGCCGAUGAAAUCACCCACUGCAUCAGACCUCAGGACAUCAAGGAGAGGAGAGCAGUGAUCAUCCUCAGAAGGACAAGGCCAGAUGCUCCGCGAUUGGACACGGAUGCUCCAAGCCCCGCCCCUAUUCCCUCAGACCGCACACACAAGCGCUCCCACCGCAAAGCAGACCCUGAUGCAGCACACAGGCCACGCGUUCUGGAGAUGGAUAAGGAGGAGAACCGCGUGUCUCGUGUCCGAUCCCGCAGAGACUACAGUUCCCAUGAUUCACAGCGAGACAGCUCCACGCGCAGGGUCAAGAUGAGACGCCACUGAGAGACUACAUUUCCCACGAUGCACAGGGGGCAGUAGACUCCACGCGCAGGGUCAAGAUGAGACGCCAGUUAGACUACAUUUCCCAUGAUGCACAGAGGGACGGCGCCACGCUCUGAGUCAAUAUGAGACGCCACUGAGAGACUACAUUUCCCACAAUGCACGGGGGGACGACUCCAUUCGCAGGAGGGAUAGAGCCUGUGACAGCCAGCACCGUGGCAACCUGCAGCCUCUACAGACGUGUCACACACAUACACAUACACACACACACACACAACCUGCAGCCUCCCCACAUACGUGUCAUACACACACACACACAACCUGCAGCCUCCCCACAUACGUGUCACACACACACACACACCUCUGCAGCAUCUCCACAGACGUGUGUCACACACACACACAAACGCAAACCUGUAGCCUCUCCACAGACGUGUCACACACACACACACACACACACAAACCUGCAGCCUCUCCACAGACGUCUCACACACACAACACACACACACACCUCUGCUCUCAGUCCUGAGCAUUUAUUACACACAGACACACACACCUCUACACCUACACCAACUACAUGCAUGCCUGUCCACACACACCAUCACCAUAUACAAAUACAGACCAUCUGUACUCGCGCUCUCACACACACACACACACACACACGCACACACACACACACACACACACUACUAACUAACAGACAGCUCUCAACUGCUGACAGUGUUGGGACAAACUGACUUCUGGAGAGCACACAAUGUUGGAGAGACUGUGUGUGUGUGUGUGUGUGUUUCUCUGUGUGUGUGUGUGUGUUUCAUCCCAAAUGUAUGCCAUUUCAGAAGAGUGUGUGUGUGUGUGGGUUUCAUCCCAAAUGUAUGCCAUUUCAGACGAGUGUGUGUGUGUGUGUUUGUGUUUCAUCCCAAAUGUAUGCCAUUUCAGACGAGUGUGUGUGUGUGUGUGUUAUUGUUUAUAAUAAUAAUAUGUAUUCUUGCAUCAAAGAUGUACAGAGGAAGAAAUGAAGUUAUGAAGUCAUAAAUGAAUGUUCUCAA